AUGCUAACCAACACCGCGAUAGUCGGGCAAUUACGAUUACCCCCUGCUUCGUCCCGCCGCCCAUCUCGGGGCUCUAACGAGCGCCCACCGCCCCCCAGUGUUCUCCGUCUGCAACACCUUCGGAACUUGGUGAACUCGGAGCGUAACCGUACCAGUACUUACAAUACCACCCGAGCCCUGGAGACGCUGAACCAAGAGGAACAUUAUCUUGACCGAAUUCGCGAUCGAACCAACUUUGAGCAAGCUCGUGCGGCAGUUGACCGGCAGAUCCAACAGUUUGAGUUCAGCAACCCAGCAGAACGAAUCCGCAACCUCUGGCACGAUCAGCUCCGCUCCGAACGCUCCGAACGCUCCUCACCUUCGUCAUCAACCUCGACACCCCAAGAGAUGGAACCGCGAUCCAGCGGCCGGGCCUUCCGGCGUCGUACUCGGCCAGAGGACCGUCAACGACCUCGGGACCCCCUGACUUCGCUUCACUUCUCGACGAGGCGCCGUGAGGGCCGAGGGAGACUGAAACGCCGCAAGCUCGAUGCAGACGAUAACCGGGAGGGACUGCGGGGCUUUAAUUACGGCCAGUUCGGCCAGGUGGUUCCGGGAGCGCUGAAGAUGGAGAUUGCUAGCUGUGACGGCGGGAUGUAUGACCCAGAUGGGGACAGCUCCCUGCCAGAGAAUGUGCUGCGAAGUGACCAGUCGGUCUACUGUACCAAGUCGGACCGAUGCAAUCUAGUUCUACGUCACCGCGGCGAGGCGCCCUUCUGCUUGAAGAAAAUUGUCAUCAAGGCUCCCAGAACCGGGUUUGAUGCUCCAAUCCAAGAAGGCAUGGUAUUUGUGUCGAUGACGUCGGAUGAGCUGCUCGCGCGCACGGCGGAGUAUCAGAUUCAGUACUCGAACACUCGACGGCGGCGUCGAAACCGCCGUAGUGGCAUGCAGCCGUCCCAAGAGUAUCUUACCGCACAUCGAUCCCCUCUCCAAUCCCUCGAGCGCACGGUGCUGAUGGGGCCUGACUCGUCCGCGUCGGACCCUGAGCUUCCCGCUACUGACCGGGAGGCCAACGACCCGCAGGCCGAAUUCCGUGUAACAACGGAAUACGACGAGAAUUCGGAGGAGACUGGCUUUCUCGAACCCGAAGCAACCGAGGAUAUGAAUGUCCUGCCCCUCGCGGAGAUCGAGAGGAUGAACCAAGUCGACCAAUCGUCCGAUUUCAUGUGUUCCGACAGCGAUGAGAGCGAGAGUGAUGACGACGAGGAGGAUGGGCACAACAGCAACCUGAGCACGUUUACUCGCCGCCGCCUGGAGCUUCGACGGCGCAUCGGUUCCAUGCGCCGUCAAUAUUCUGCCGAAGAACGCGAGCUCCAGAGACGUCGGCAGGGCCCGAGUCUCGUCGACCCCGUCCCGCCACCUCCUCCUGCCCCGGCUCCAGAUGCGGCACAUGACAGUAACUCCUCAAGCCCUGAAGUUCUGAAACCGCACGCACGCUUUUUUAUCGAGCGCGAGAAGAGCAUGGUCAGCAUCAAGUUUGAUCCUCCACCGUAUGUAUUUGUCUGCGCUCUUUUCUUUUCUGGCCCGCAUCCUUACCUCUCUUCUAGAUCUGGUCGAUUCAUUCUCAUCAAACUAUGGAGCCCCCGCAGCGACGGCAAUAUUGACAUCCAAAGCAUCAUCGCCCAUGGCUUUGCGGGAUCCCGCUUCUUUCCAGCUGGGGGUUUUCGAUGA